AUGAUUCCAAUGUCUCAUUUCUCCGUUCUUCGCGGAAGCUCAGUCAAUUGCCUGCAAGUAUUGUAUAAAUCGAGUCCAUUGGAGCUCUCAGCCCGUGCUUUACCGCAUCGCAUCUCUGCCAAAGAAUUCAAGACAUAUUCGCAACUAUUAAAUACCAAAUCACGACAAUUACCAGGGAUAUACCAAGGAUCCCUAUCCCGAAAAAUGUCAACCAAGAACAAACGCGACUCCAAACUAAAGCCGCCCUCGCCGCCUAGGCCUAGUUCAAGCGUCGUCCUCCUUUCCCCCCAAAACGAAAUCCUCCUCCUCCACCGUGUCAAAACAUCCACCUCCUUCGCCUCCGCGCACGUCUUCCCCGGCGGAAACCUCUCUCCCCAGGACGGGCCGUGUCCGCCCAUCGAGGAUCUAAAACGGCACGACGAUGCACCGUGGUAUCGCCGCGCUGCGCUCAGGGAACUAUUUGAAGAAAGCGGCAUUCUGCUAGCUAAGGAUGAGAAGUCCGGGGAGAUGAUUACUGUGUCUGAGGAGGAGAGGGAGCGGGGGAGGACGGCGAUUCAUGGCGGGGUGGUUGAGUUUGGGCAGUGGCUGGUGCAGCAGUAUGGGGGUGCUGUGCCGGAUAUUGACAAACUAAUCCCCUUCACCCGCUGGAUCACACCAACAAACGUCCCCAAACGCUUCACCACGCAGAUGUAUCUCUACUUUCUUCCGCUCCCCGUCGCUGCGGAGUCGGAGAAACGACUCCUGAAAGAGCUCCCGGAAGGAGGCAAGCCAGAACAAAUCCACCUCCCAACCAGCGACGGCGGCAUCGAAGUCACCGAAGCGCGCUUCCUUCCUGCCUGCGAAUGGCUGCGUCUCGCUAGAGCCGGUGAAAUCAUCCUCUUUCCUCCGCAGUUCCUGUUGUUACACCUCGUGUCCGAGAUUCUGGAUAAGGAUCCGCGACCGGUUGGUUCGUCGCCUGCUUCGCUCGCAGAAUUGGAGAGAAGACGCGCGGAAUUGGUCAAAUUCGUACAUUCUGGUACGCCGCCGUGGACGGAGAAGUGCAUUUCGCCUAAGAUGUUGAAAAUGGCUGGUGAUGGGAGAGUGGUUCUGGGCCUUGAUCAUCCGGGUCCGGAAUUGGGGGCGUCGGAGAGAAAAGGAGAGAGCGAAAGGGUUGUCAUUGUCAGGUUUUGGAAGGGCGAAGCGAGAGAGAUAGACGUCGCCUCGCGGGAUAGUGUUAGUAAAUUAUAG